AUGGUCCGCGAAGUCCAAGGAGAGGAGGAACAACAGGGAUCUGAGCGGGUUCACGAAGAAGUUGAGCAACAGGAAAAUGAGCAAAAAGCACGGGAAACAAAACCUGUCGAAGAACUGCACGGACGUGGUCAGCAACUACAGCGCACACGUCGGCGUCAAGCGUCCUCUGGAGAUCGGCGAUUGGCUCACUAUCCAGGUUCCACUAAACAUCAACGACGAGUCCGUAGCCCUGAGAAAUUCGAUGAUCUACGACGAGUCAGGCGUUCCGCCUCCUUUGAAGAUAAAAUCAGUGCGUUGAGUAUCGGAGGACCCUCAAAACCGCCGGAAAAUACGGGAAAAUGGCGUUUUGCGACAGGUUUGGCAAGCACUUUUCGGGUUCGUGCCCCGGAUGUUAUCGAUGGCGACCUCAGAUACGAGAUCGUUUCACGGAAAGGAUUGUGCAAGCACUGCCUCGGCUCGUGCUUACCGCGUCAAUGCAAGUUCAACCCCAGGAGUUGCUGGUACUGCGAGAAAAUACGGGGCACGUGUGUUGAGGAUCUGAUACCGGAAGGGCAUCAUAGGGCACUUUGUCCUGUACCGGAUGUGCGGGACGGAUGUGAGAGAUCGUCUAAAUCGUCUUCAGGAAGAGCUGGAGCAGCUGACAUGAAGGGGAUGAUCAUCGCGCUGCCGGAGUGUCGACACGGAAGUCGACUUGAUCUAUUCUUAUUGUUGUACUAUGUUCAUGGCAGAUUUGGUUUGCGCUUUUCUUAUGUAGAAGCUUUAUGUUGA